AUGACACAAAGAUAUACCAUAAACCAGAACUCCUCGCUACGCGACCGCUCCGCCCUAUUCAACAACCACUCUUCAACUCCAUAUUCCUCCUACCCAAGCAGUCGGAGCGCCUCCCCCUACCUCGCCCAACAACCAUCAAACCGCACCGCAGACGAAUUAGAGUCUCAGAAUGACGAAGCGAUAGAAGGGCUUAGUGCGAAAGUCAAAGCACUCAAAACAAUCACCAUCGGCAUCGGGAAUGAGAUCAAAGACUCUGCCGUUCAACUAAGCCAAAUGAACGAUGCAUUCGAAGAAACCACAGGAAUCCUCGCAGGUACAUUUCGUCGUAUGAACAACAUGGCAGAACGCCAAGGUUGUCGAUGGCUCUGGUACAUAGUAUUCCUCAUUUUAGUAUUCUGGUUCUUCAUUGUUGUAUGGUGGUUUAGACGAUGA